AUGAUCGCCGCCCGGAGGAUCCAUUUGACGGCGGCGGAGGACAUGUCUCAGCAUGUCUCCGGGCGCUUGGGCGAGGAGACGCCAGCUGAAAUGGGGCUCGGGCGCGGCGUACCUGCUACACAAGCAUGUGGCGGACUCACAGCACGAUGCAUGCCCAAGGGGACCUCCAAGAGGACCCCGAGAAGCAACCAUAUGUUCUCUCCCCUCGUUCGACUCUAUCCCACCCUCCGCCCUGCCGCUGUGGUGCAUUUCUGCUCUUGGGCACCUGGCUUCGCCCUCCGGCGAUUGGGGUGUGGGCCAGAAGUAUAG